GCCGCUUGGAUGUGUUGGUGAUGGACAUGGAAGAAAAGCGGCCGCGGUUUUCCGCUGCGCUGUGAAAAGUGGGACAAAUUUGCAGAAUUUUGAUUUCUUUUUUUUUUUUUUCUUUUCUUCUUUUGAAGACGUUCGGACGCAGUGUGAAAAUUUUGUAGGUGUUCAGCAUGACGGACAAUGCGGUACCUUGCACCGUGAAGUCACCGGUGCCCCUACAAAUUGGGGACGCUAAGACGGACACGUCUCGUCCCGGGGUUUACGUUAUCGAUGUCACAUUUCCUCACGGUCAAGCAGUGAAGAUUCGGGAGAUCUCCUUCAAAAACUACUACACGGCUUUUUUGAUGGUGCGCUUGCAGAAGAAAGAUCCCGGCAGCCCGGGGGGUUGUGCGAGAUGGGUCACCUGCCUCAAGAACCACCCCCUGAUGUCCAGUCCACACACUGAAGAAGGAUCCCAGGACUACUUCUCCAUCUACAGACAUCAGAUGCUGGUAGAUCCCGACGACGUGACCUCCGUGCGCCUUAUUCUGCGGCAGCCAUCUUCAGCCUGGCUGAAUUUCACACUGGAAGACAUCAGAAUUCACCAGUGUGCCAGUGAUGAUUCGGAAAGGGAUAUGCCUGCGUGGUUUUCCCAGCUAACACCGGUCGAUCAAGUUCCCGAUUUGCAGGGACUUCCUAACCCGCAGACUGUGGCAUCCAGUAUCCAGCAGAUGUGGGCGUUGACAGAGGUCAUGCAGACCAACCAGACGGCUGCCCCCAUUGGACGCUUUGAUGUGGAUGGCUGCUAUGAUGUCAACUUGCUCUCUUACACAUAAUGUACAUUUAUCUGGAGGACUGUCACUGAUAUCAAAUGCACAAACACAACUUCGUUCAACAAACCUGUGAAUACCGUAAAAACAACAAAACAUCUUACAAAUAUUAUCAGAUUGUCUUGUCCAAGGAUUUUAACGUGGCAUGUAAGGAAAUUAUUAUUUUAGUAUUAAACACUUCUGCAAGUAUUUAUGCCACUAAUUAAGUAGAAUUAAACUUUGAAUGUAAUUUUAAAACUGCAUCAUUGUAACUAUAGAAACCAUUUUAAGAUUUUCUUUCAGAAGUAAAAGAUGCUGCCUCUUAGAUUUUUAUCCUUCAAGGUUUCUUCUCCAGCACACCUUUUCUACAUAACUGAUGUUGCACUUAUUCUUUUCAUCGUUUUUUUCUCCUCUGUAAUGUCCUGCAUAUUUUGGUCCUCUUGUAGGCUAAUUGCAGUCAAAAAUACACCUUAGCACUUCUCAAACUCAUACUGCGCUAAGGAACAAGCAUAUAUAUAUGUAAAUGCACUGCUCUAAAAG